AUGAUGGAUUAAAAAGUUGAUUCAGGUGAGAUUCUAUCGUAUCGUAAAUAUACUGCUAUCUCAAGUGUUAAUAAUCCUAAAAAUAUUCUUUUGAUCCAUGGUAAUUUUUGUGGCUAAAGAAAUUGGGAUCCUUUUUUAAAGUAUUUGAAAGAGUACAAUGUAUACACUUUAGAUCUUCGAGGAUUUGGCAAGUCAACUUAUAAUCACUAAAUUGAAUCAUUGUUUGAUUUUGCUAAAGAUGUGGUAUCUUUUUGUGAAAAGCAAAAUCUGAAUAAAAUUUAAAUUAUAGGAUGGAGCUUAGGAGGCGCUGUAGCUAUGUCUGUUGCUCUUCUAUAACCUACGCUUAUAGAAACAAUGAUAUUAAUGGCAUCAGUAAAUCUUUAAGGAUUUCCAUUUAUGUCAAAAGCAGGAAGAGUAAAGGAUGUAAUAGAAAUUAAAAAAAGAUUACAGAAAAUUGGCAAUCUGUUAACAAGAGAAAAUCAGCAAUUCGUUUUUGAAAAUAUAAUAUAAGACAGAAUACUUCCUAAAAAUAACUAAUGUGAGGAAGGAUUUUUAGAUAUAAUUUUUGAUUAAUUGUUUAGCCAAAGAAAUUAUGUUGAUGCUACUGCUUAUUUAGGAAUUUGGGAUAUUUCAGAUAGGUGCUAAGAUAUUAAAUGUCCUAUUCUUAUUUAUCAUGGAACAGAAGAUAUAGUCAUAACUUAUGAUAAUGCAGUAUAUAAUUAUCAAACUUUAGCUAAAUAUAAUCCUAAAACAUACCUAUUCACUCUUGACGGUGGGAGCCAUGCUCCUGUUUAUGAAGUUCCUUAGUAAAUGUACUAAAUUUUUGACUAUUUCAUCAAAAAUCAUAAAAUAAAUCAAAUUAAUUCAAGGUUAUGA